AAUAAUAUUGUUCACCGCCAGGCAGAAUUUAUUGAACGUCAUAAAUAUCCUGUAGAAUUUCACAAUGUGGUCACCGAGGAUGGCUAUAUCCUGGGAGUAUUUAGGAUACCCAAUUCUCCGCACAAUACAGGGACUUUUAAUGUGACUAGACCCGUGUUUCUUCUGCAGCAUGGUAUUCUAAUGUCCUCUGACUGCUGGGUAAUAACAGAUCCUCGCCAUGGAUUGCCAUUUUUACUAGCAGACGCGGGCUUUGAUGUUUGGAUGAUAAACUCCAGGGGUAACAGGUAUUCUCGCCGACAUCAACACCUCGAUCCGGAUGGAACCCAGUUUUGGCAAUUUAGCUUUCACGAAAUGGGCAACCACGAUCUUCCCGACACCAUUGAUUUUAUCCUGAGACACACCAAUCAGGCAGGGCUUCAUUUCGUGGGUCAUUCUCAAGGUGCCACUGCUUUCCUGGUGAUGCUCUCAUUGCGGCCGGAGUACGGCGAAAAGAUUUUUUCUAGCCAUCUCUUGGCACCGGUGGCAUUUCAAAGGCAUUCCUCCUCUUGGCUUGCAAGGAACUUAUUGGAGAAUGCCCUUCAACUUCCGGAUAUAGAAAUUCCAGCCAUUCAUCCAAGCCUGCAAGAGGUUGUUCACUCAGUCUGUGCUAUUUCUUGGAUACGGGAAAUAUGCAAGUACAUUCUGUUUUUCUUUGCGGGUGGAGAGUCUAAACACUUGGAUGAAAUGCUGGUGCCCAGAAUUAUGUCCAUUGUACUGGCCGGGAUUUCGAGUAGACAAAUACGCCACUUUGCUUCCAACAUCAAGUACGAUAGAUUUGCUCUUUUGGACUUUGGAGACCAGGAAAACUUACGAAUAUAUGGCAGCCUGCAACCUCCAGAUUAUCCUCUGGGAAGUAUAAGGACCUUGAAGCCCAUUAAUUUGUACUUUGGAGGAAAGGACAAGUGGUUGGAUGUUAAGGAUUCAAGGAAGUUAAUAAGAAUACUACCCGAGUCGAAUUUAAAUGUGAUGCCGACAUGGAACCAUAGUAUGUAUCCCUUGCUGUUGGCCACUCAUCCGGUGGGUAUUUCCACCCGCCAACCCGAAAACAACAUCCACUUCACGGAUUCCGGAAAGUUUCGCCAAUAUGACUACGGUCUAAUGGAAAUCGCCUCCGGACUACAAGCUAAAUGUUAUCCGCCAGCUGUCCCAGUAUACAUAUUUUUUACAGCGACCAAUGCCACGGACAUCUGGAUUUUGGCCAGUAAAUGGUGCACGUGGUGGUGA